ACAACGCACUGAUCGGUCUGUAGACCGAUCAGGAGGUAACCUGAUCGGUCUAAAGACCGAUCAGUAAUGGCUUUCUCGAAUCUUCUGCUCUCAAUUCCUCCUUUCCAUCGCUUGGGUCAGCGUGCGUGUCCACGGAUACCACUCCCUGAAACAAAAAGGCAUCAGUUGGCCUGCGGUUUCUGGCCAUCGUUCACAGGUUCCAACCAAAACCAUGGGGCUCCUCACUCGCUAUAUACCCAUCACCACCUCACUCUGCAAACCUCACUGAAAGCACCAGGAAGAGAAAGAAGAAGAAGAAGUUGAUCUCCUUGCAGUCAUGGGUCGCCGAGCACAAGCUCACAAGCAUCGUGACGGGCGCAGAGGGCGCAGGGGACGCGGGCGCAGAAGAUCCGUUCUCAAAGUUCUGUGCCCUGAUUCUUUGCGGAAGCUGGCAAUCCCCCGUGAUUUCAUGAAGUACAUCGAAACGAAAAUGGAGUUUAGAAAGGCCAUCUUGAUAAGUCCCCUCGUCAAGCUCUGGCACAUCGUCAUUGAGCGACCAGAUAAAUCUAACACCAUGUUCUUUGGCAGUGGCUGGGAAAAAUUCGUGCAGGCACACAGUCUGGGAAAUGGCAAAAUGGUCGGUUUUCGUUACGAAGGCAAUAUGGUCUUCACAGUCAAGGUAUCCCUCUGUGGCAACUGUCGUGCACGGUCCAGUAAUACUAAUACUGCCAGUGUGCCUCAGAGUGCUCUGCCUGAGCAAACUGUGGCACCUUCGUCUGCACGGCACAGUAGCACUGCUCGUGUGCAUAACAGUUCUCGGCAUGAGCAAAUGGUACCGGCACCUUCAUCUUCGCGUGUUCCGAGUGAUUCUGAGGAAUCAAUGACUGGAACAAAGAGGAGGAGAACACUCAAUACAGCAGCACAGGAUGAAUUGCCAAAUACAAGGGGAUGCAGCCAGGCGAGCGAGCCAAAUCUCAAGUGGGAAGUGGUAGUUACAACUCGUUCGUUAGGAAGCCUUAAUAUCCCGAAAAGAUUUACGUGCUUGGAUCAGUUCUCGAGGGAGAAAGGUGAGGUUAGCGUGACAGAUAGUAGAGGAAGAAAAUGGCCGAUCCGGCUCACCCACAGGACUGAGAGUGCAUUAGGGAGAGGAUUGCGUCUGAUGGCGCAGGAGAACAACGUGGAAGAAGGUGAUGUGUGCAUCUUUGAGGUUACCUCUGAUAAACUAAUCCGACUCCAGGUCGAGAAAAAACCCCAGCGUAAGAAAUUCUGAUCCAAUGCGUGACGAACUAGUCGAUGAACUUUGAACUAGUGGAUGAAUUUUUGUUGUGUAUAUGCCGCCUUGUUCUUUGGCUUGUCCCAUAGUCAGUUUUUUGCUUUGAAGCCACUAAACUGGUUGAUGAACUUUUGUUGUUUGCAAGUUUCUUUGAACCUUUUAUAAGCUAGUUACCUCGGUGGAUGUACAAUAAAUCUUAAGGAAAAUAUCACUUUAUGCUUUUGUGCCUGUAAUUUAUCUUGAAAAAAAAUUAUGAAAUUUUGUCC